AUGCCUACUCCGUUCGGCUCCAGCGUCACUCCAGCAGACGAGGAGAUCAUCAAGAGAGUUGGUGAGGUGGCACAGAAGAAAGGCUGGAAAAUGGCUCAAGUGAGUCUGAUCUGGCUACGGAGCAAGGGUGCCAUCCCAAUCACGGGCGUGAAUAGUGUUGGCAGGGUAGAAGAAGCAGUCACCCUACGCGAUAAGGUGUUGACCGAGGAUGAUUUAGCUUAUCUAGAAGAGCCUUACAUGCCUAAGCCGGUUGUAGGACAUUUCUAA